GGCGGAGGGUCUCGAGGCGCUGCCGCAGAUCCGGAGUCAUGGAGGCUCCGCUUCAGCGGGAAUCCCCGCGUCGUGUGUCAGAGACGCCGUCCUCAUCCCCGGGGCCGCCGGCCCCGCCGCCUCUGCCGCCUCCGACCUCCAAUCUGGGGCUGCCGCCGGGCAAACAGCAACGGGAAGAGAAAAGGGCGGCGCUGAGUAAAGUAGUUAUACGCCGGCUUCCUCCUAACUUUACUAAGGAGCAGCUAGAGGAACAACUGCACCCACUUCCUGCUCAUGAUUAUUUUGAAUUUUGUUCCUCUGAUCCCAGUCUUUAUCCCCACCUCUACUCCAGAGCAUAUAUUAAUUUUAGAAAUCCUGAUGACAUCCUUCUUUUUAGAGAUCGCUUUGAUGGCUACGUCUUCAUUGACAAUAAAGGUUUGGAAUAUCCUGCUGUUGUUGAAUUUGCACCAUUCCAAAAGAUUUCUAAAAAGAAGCUAAAGAAGAAAGAUGCUAAGUCUGGAAGCAUAGAAGAUGACCCGGAAUAUCGAAAAUUUUUAGAAAGUUAUUGCACUGAAGAAGAAAAAAUAUGUGCCAAUCCUGAAACACUUCUGGGAGAAAUUGAGGCAAAAACAAGAGAACUCAUUGCUAGAAGAACAACCCCACUUUUGGAAUAUAUUAAAAAUAGAAAAUUAGAAAAACAGAGAAUUCGAGAAGAGAAAAGAGAAGAACGAAGGAGAAGAGAAUCAGAAAAAAAGCGGCUAAGAGAAGAUGAGAAACGGAAACGCAGAGAGGAAGAAAGACGCAAAAGAAAAGAAGCUGAGAAACAAAAGAAAAUUGCUGAAAAAGAAAUAAGGAUCAAGCUUCUUAAGAAACCUGAAAAAGGAGAUGAACAGGCUACAGAAAAGCACAGAGAAAAAGAAAAAGUUGAUAUUGAAGACAGCAAAUGGGAGAAGUCACCAGGACAUGGGAGUUUAAAAUCCAAGCCACUGGAAGUUUCUCUAAAGGAACUUAAGGAAAAAUCGCAAAAUGACAGUGAUAAAGAACAAAGAGAUUCAGAGAGAAGAUUUCGUGAAAAAGACCCCGAGAGACAAAGGUAUCGGUUGGAAGAGGGCCGAAAGCACAGAACUCACUAUGAAUUUGACAAAUAUGUGAGACGGAACGAAGAGGAGGCAAAGUGGGAGAAAGGGUACAACCAAGACCGAGGAAAGAAAGUGAACUACAACUACAGCUUCACUGUGGACACAAUAGACAAACUGGGUAAAGAGGACAAGUGUGAUGACAUGGCAUCCAAAAAGGAGCGCAUAAGAAAUAAGGAUCGCCCAGCCAUGCAGCUGUACCAACCAGGAAUUCGCAUUCGAACACCUACGGGACCUACAAGUAGGUUCUAUGACUGUGCUGAAAAAUCUUCUCACGGAAUUUAUGACAGAAGGUAUGAGGCAGACAACUCAGCUGGAGGUGGUUCUGAGAAAAGUGAAGAUGCAGAGUAAAAUGGGCAGAACAUUCAGCUUUAAGAUUUAGUGCCCACAGAGAACUGAAUGUUCUCAGAACUUGGCCAGCAUUGCUAAGGAAACUCUAGUAGGCAAUCUCAUUCCUUUUUAAAGAUUUCUGUCUGUAAUCUGGAUCACAUGAAACAUCACAUAAAGUAAAUAAGAAUGUGAUUUUUUUAAAAGGAAAGGACUUGUCAGCCUUGGAAUCAAAUUAAAGCUUACUCUGUUCUUUCUCCAGCUAUGGGUAUGCUCUCAGCAAAUGAGGAAAAAAAUCAUUCCACCACGUCUAUAGAUGCAUAUUUGAUUAUGUGAUCAUUGUAUGUAUUUGUGCUAGGAUUAAUUUCAUACACAUCACUGACUUAUUACACAUUCAAAUGUGCAUCUCUUUGCAUAAUGGGAGCUGUUUUCAUAGAUACAUAAAGGAUAUUUUGAUCUGAGAUACAGGGAAUGAUUUUGAUUCAAUAUUGCUGAAAAUUAUGCUAGAUUUCAGAAGGCAGAGUUUGGGUGUUCUAAUAAUUCCUAACAUACGUAUUUUAAAUUGCUGUGUUUUGUAUAAAACAUUUGAGAAAAUACUACAUCUGCUAAACAAAAGGAUUAUUUAACAUCUUUAUUUCCAGACAUUUUCACUGAAGCAUAUUUACUGUGUUCUACAAAUUACAUUAACUACACACUCCCAGUUCUGUAAGUACAUACAAAUAAAGCAUUGUGCAACACUUAACUAUAGUUACAUCUGUGGGUGAGAAAAAGACAAGAGCAAAUUACCUUAGGUUUGGUCCUGUCAGUAGUUUUGUCCCAAUAUAAUAAUUACAGCAGCACAAUAUUUUAAUUAGCAUCAUCAAUAUGUUUGUAGUUAAUGCAACAUUUGCAUUGUUAUUGCAGUACAGUGCCCAACCUGCUAUAGGAUCGUGGUUAAAAGAUACAUUUACAGAAAGAGGUUAGUGAAGUUCUGUUGGUUUACAAGGACAUAAUGGGACAGCAUCCUCCACGGGUUAUAAUUGUGGUGAUUAAAAGGGCUGUUUAAGACUUACUUCUUGCAGCUCCUUUAUCCCUGCUAGCAAUACCUCCAGCCCCAUGCCCUCGGCAAGUGGGCAAGAACAACUGAAGGAAAAUAGCUUUCAGUGGGGAGGGUGUGCACAAGGGAAGAAGGGCCAGCACUCGCUUCUACCCGUUCUUUAUAGGAGUUCAGAGGAAACUCAGUUCUGCUCUAUGGGCCUUCCCUAUCAUAUUUAGCCUGCUCUUCUGCUUCGUAAAAAGUCGGGUAAGUGUCAAUCCAUUUUUAACUUUUUGAACAGUAUUUACCAUUUAUUACAUUACCUGAAAAAAGGCUGACCUGAGUCUAAAUAUGUAAUGCAAUAUUGGCUUUUCAUGAAAUGACAUUUUAAAAUCUUUUUGCCAUUUUUCAAUAUGUGGGUUUAUUAGCUGUUUUUUGUAUGUAAAUAUUUCAUGAAAUAUAUUUUUACAUGUCAUUGAUGCAACUAUAUUGGAUUACAAAUAGAUUAUAGAGCAGAAUGUAUCAUUCCUGCUACAUGUUCCCUCUGUUCAUUAUGCUAUUAGAAUAUAUUAUGAUGAGAUAUAUACUCUCAUUUUUUGUGAAAAAAAAUUACACAUGUCUUAAGGACAAGGCAUAAAACCAAUAAUGUUGAUAUGCUUUCUGUUUAUAAGAAAUGCAGACCUUGUGUUGACUACUUUUUAACUUUGUGUUUUGAUUUUUUUAUUACUGUAUUAUCAGCAUUUGUUUUAAUGUAAAUAAAGGAAAUCUUCGGUUAAUUUCAGUCACUGGAAGAUUAAACUGAAAUCUAGUCAUCUGAGUACUGGCUUGU